UUUUAGUGUUUAACGAGCACGAGGUCGUCACGCAUGCGGUGCUGGGCACAUGACCGGGGUCCGGGACGUUGCUGCCGAUCGUGCAGGAUCUACUCCCUUGUCAUUUGAACUUUGAAAGCUAAUGUGGUGCAUUGCUUUGUUUCUCGUGCUUUCAUGCCGGUUAUUUAGCAUUGGCCUUCGAUUGGUGGGUUAUGUUGGGACUCCGAGAAGCGGGACUGUUAUUGAACCACAGAAGUGUCACCGACCACUGGCAAACUGUAACAGGAUAUUAGUAGAUGUUCGUCCUCGGGCCUCAACCAUCUACUGGGAAAUAGCGCAACCACGUUUGAUGAGCAGGAUUUCACAAUACCUGACAAACAGGAAGUGGCCGAUCGAUACGAUCCUCUAGGACUUUGGAGCUCACAGGAUGUCUUUCAAUUGUCCUUUCAAUUGUCCUUUCGAUUGUCUACUUUGUAUUCCAAUCAGGUUGAUGGUUCCUA